AUGCAGAACUUUUCAUCCUAUGGGACACCGCAAAGAGCUUUGCCGAGGCCGACCUCCUCAGGCACUCUGCUAGACAGCUACGAUGAUGCAAACGUCAAGAGACAAAGAAUGAAUCCGCCACCUCCGAUGCCAUAUGCCCCUCCAUCCAAUUUCCAGACAUUUGGAGCGAUAUCUCAAUACGAGCAACCAUAUGGACACGGAAUGCCCCCUGUACAGAGCACGCAAACUUGGAAUGCGCAACCGUACUACCCCCCAAAUGAGACAUAUUCUACCAGUUCUUAUAAUGGCCCGCAUCAAAAUAUUGCUCCAUCGUUACCCAAAGAAUCGAAGCCGGUGAUAGAAAAAGUUGAAGAGCACCCAAUUGUCAAGACAAAUGCUGUCGAUUAUGGCAAAGAGGGUCAGGUUGACAGUUCAGAAGAAGAAUCAGAACAUGAAAACGUAAAAGAGGCACAAAGCGAAACAAAGAGACCCAUUACAGUACCUGGGACUUCUAUAACGCUUGCUACUCAAGCUGACAUUGAAAAAUGGAGGAGCGAGAGGAAAAAAAUGUGGCUGCUAAAGAUAUCUAAUAAAAAAUUGGAACAUAUGAAUAGCAUGGGUAUAAAGGAAAGUGAAGUGAAAGCUCAAAAGUCCGUCUUACAGGAAUCGAAAAAGCAAAAACAAUUCAUUCAGAGUAUACAAAACCAAGUCAACAGAGUUAAUCCAAAGUCAAAUCUAAAUGUUAGGAUCGUGCAAAGAGAAAUGGCUAAGGAGAAUUCCAAGCUUUUGCAGUUCAUUAAAGAAUUAGGGGAUGCUAAUCUUUUAAAAUAUGAACUGACUCAGCAGGAAAAGGAUAAGUUAUUUGGAGGAAGUGACUUCAACUCAAAGGAUCAAAUGGGGGAUAAAAAAGGUAGGCAGUAUGGAAAAAAUGGCAAUAAUGGAAUUAAUCAAAAUGAGAGAAGAUACACAAACAGAAAACCCAAUUAUCAUCACCGCUAG